GACCAAUGCGGAAGUAGUGGAACAUCACAGCUGCAGUAAGUUUGAUCAUUGGUCUGGUUCAGAUCAAGUAAAUGUCCGUGUUCCACCUGUGAUCACGUCACUCUCCUGACGGCUAGUGUUUCACCCGAGGCCCAGUGGAGAAGAAAAUGAGCUAAGUUUAUUCAGGGCAGGCAGCAUCCAUCAUUUUGCAGAGAUGGUUGGUCUGGGCUUGGCCAAGAGAUUGUUAUCUGUUCAGCUGCUGCUCCUGUGGACACUGCCCAACAUCUCUGACUCCAGAGUGUAUUUGUUUGCUCCUGCUGCCGUCACACUUGAGGAAUACUCUACAGCUAACAUCACCAUUACUUCCAGUUCCCCUGUCAACCAGUCAGCUGUGAUUCAGUUAAACGUCACCUACAGCUCCAAGUCCAACUACACAUCCGUAAUCACAGUGCCUGAGCAGGUGUUGCUGCCAGUUGAAGCAACCUCUGUCAAUUUCAAUGUGACAGCCCGUAAUGUCGGUCAGGUGACCACCCACCUGAUUAGCAACAGCACUGACUUCAACAGCAUGUCGGUCAGGAUCCAUUUUAUGGUUAUCCGUAGCAACAUCCUAUCGGUAAUCAGUCAGGUUAUUGGCUGGAUGUACUUCGUGGCCUGGUCGGUGUCCUUCUACCCACAAGCGUAUGAAAACUGGAGGAGAAAAAGUGUUGUAGGUCUCAACUUCGACUUCCUGGCUCUCAACCUAACAGGCUUCAUCGCUUACAGUGUCUUCAACAUUGGGCUGUUCUGGGUGCCAUACAUAAAGGAGGAGUUUCUGAUGAGAAACCUUAAUGGAAUUAACCCUGUCAAUGCAAAUGACGUCUUCUUCAGUCUCCAUGCUGUCUUUCUUUGUUUGGUGUACAUUAGCCAGGCUGCCUUGUAUGAGAGGGGGGGUCAAAAGGUCUCCUGGACGGCCCUGUGUUUGUUGCUGGUUGCCUGGACGUUUGCUCUGGUCAGCUUGUUUCUAGCUGUAGCAAAACAAAUCACCUGGCUGGAUUACCUCUAUUAUUUCUCCUACAUUAAACUAGCAGUCACUCUUAUCAAAUAUAUGCCUCAGGCGUACAUGAACUACAGUAGACAGAGCACUGAUGGGUGGAGUAUUGGCAAUGUGCUGUUGGACUUCACUGGAGGAAACCUCAGUAUCCUACAGAUGAUUUUACAGUCUUACAACAACGAUGAGUGGAGGCUGAUAUUUGGCGAUCCUACAAAGUUUGGUCUGGGCUUGUUCUCCGUGGUAUUUGACAUCCUUUUCAUGAUUCAGCACUACUGUCUCUACAGACAGCAACCGCAGUACGAGGUUGUCACACAGCAAACAGACUGACGCUGACUCACUGCUGUGUGGACAAAUUGUUUACAAAUGGAUCACAAGGGAGCACAGGACCGAUUUCGGUCCGUCAACAUGAAUGAGCACGCCUGAUCGACCAGCAGAUGAUUUGUGUCACCAAAAAGAAGUGGUGGUGGUGGAUGUCAUCUUGGAUAUGUUGCUGCAGAGCAGCAGCUCUGAGCUCCAAAAUAUCUCAGGAUCAUUAAAGGGAAUUUUUUUUUUAGGAAUGUAUCUACUUUGUUGUUGAAAAAUUGAUGUAUUAAUGUUACACUUUUAUUAAAUUCAGUGUCAUGUAA